UGCUCUUCUGGCUGCCAUCCUGUCGUCCGCGUCCGUUUACGGAGCGACCGAUGAGAGUUUCGGCGUAUGACUGCAUGAAGGGCAGCACUGUUGCACAUUGGAUAAGGAGUGCGCAUGUCGACGACCAGGCACAUAACCUUCUCUGAGCGCGCCACAAGACUGUUGGGCAGGAAAGGUCCACGAUGUACAAUUGGGAACCAGACUACGAUGGGCCUGGAUCCAGUGGCGAAGCGAGAGCGAUGGCUGCAUACGAGCUUCCGCGGGGCAGUCUUCGGAGGCACAGCUACAUGGUGAUGGACAACGCCACCUUCAAGAGGACCACGACGGCUGGGCUAAGACGGCGAUGGAGCGACGAUGUGUCGCCCGUUUCCACAAUGCGCGGACAAUUGAAAGACUCACCAGAAGAAGAGGAAGAGGAGGAUGAAUUUGUUGAGGAGCCUGAACCGCUGAGGUUGCCCAGGGUCCGUGCUUCGUACAACAUCAUCAAUACGGCGGAACCUGCUGCUUCUUCUUCCCCGGAUGCACCAGCGAUAACGUCGGGGGAUACAAAGGAUGCUAUGCCAGGCUCAUCGUCCUCAGCGGUUCCUGACGGGGCUGAAGCAAAGUCUCCCGCAGUUGAUGAAGAUGAAGACGAAGAGGCCAAGGAAAUACAUCCUUUCAUUCCCAUUGGCAACGGGCGCGUCCGGCUGACUGUCAGACGAACGAAACCUCUCUUGGGACUCGUCAUAGAAGGUGGAUGUAACACAGAACAGCCUCUGCCGCGGAUCGUCGGAAUACACCCGAAAGGAGCGGCGCACGAGGCAGGAAUCCUACGUCCAGGACAGCAACUGCUGGAAGUGCAAGGGGUGCCCACGAACCGACUGACGCACGCUCAUGUUGCGAGGCUCUUGGCUGACGCAUACUACUCUGGAGGCGGCGGCGAGGGAGGAGUCACCCUCAUCAUUGAGCCCUUGGAGCCAAGGCGAAGAUUUUCCUUCUUCUGGGACGCUGAUUCGGAGGCCUAACAACAGAGCUGGCCAAACUGAAAUAUUUUUGACUACGUUUGCGUAUAGAAUCAAGCACAGUGCUUGUGGUACAAGAAAAUACAGUUAUUCGUUGGAAGAGGGCGCUGCUAGAAUCUCAAAAGUGAGUUAUUCGACGAGUUAGAGCAGGAAGCAGAAAAUCCAGAAGUCCCAGUAACGGCAAACAGAAUUAACGGCAAGACCUAUUUCUCCGCACACGGGCUUAACAGGACAGACUGUCACAUUUCGUGGCAUAUCCUCCGACGUCAUCGAACAUCCAAUGACAUUAGCAAGGAGAGCGGGCGCAUGGGGAAGAGGCUGUAGAAAUUCAGAUAGCAAGUGGGAAAGAAGGUCAGAGCGGGAAUACGUGCACCGUGGCACCGUGGGAAAGGACACCGCCUGAGUUUCGUGCGUGGGAGCGCGUGCCACGACAAUCCAUGUGAACUCCAAUGUCAAGUCUGUCCUUAGAAUGUAUGCUGCAGUAAUAAGGUCAGAUAUAUGUUACGUACCUGGACGUAACUAAUAAGUACGGCUAAAUAAGGUUCUCACGACGUAGCUGCUUUCCUUAUCAAAGAGUCAGAACUCGGUAGUAAAGACUGCUAUAGGUCUCAUGCUGUGACACCCUCAUAGCCGUCCGCCUUGCUCUACCAUAACUUCUGGUUAUCUCCUGAUUAACUUUUCCUUGGAGGAUAGAGCUCUAGAACUAAUAAAACCUGUCUUCAGAAAGUCUCGUUCGUAUUCCUUCACGGUAGCUCCUUUGGGUGUUUGAUACUGGAGCUAAGUACUAAAAACAUCAACGGAGGAAGUGCAAGGGCGCAGGCGAGCUGGUA